CACCAACAAUUUUUCCCACUCCCUUCCCCUAUCCCCCACCUUCACGUGACCCCCACACAGACUCCACCAACGCUACUCGACACAACCACCCAGCUGCUUCCCACUUCAAACUCUCUACUACACAAACCCACCAUGAACAUGAACCCCCCCCUCCUCACUCCAUAAACCCACUAUGUUUCCACUCCUCCCCCUCCUCCUCCUUCUCAUCACCACCGUCCAAUCUCAGCCCUCCAUUUCUCCUCCCUCUCCGCCGCCGCCCAACCUCCUCCUCCCCUCCUCCGACGCCGUCGCCCUCCUCUCCUUCAAGUCAGGAGCCGACCUCAACAACAAGCUCCUCUACACCCUAAACGAGCGUUUCGACUACUGCCAAUGGCAGGGCGUCAAGUGCGCCCAGGGCCGCGUCGUCCGUUUCGUUCUGCAAUCAUAUUCCCUCCGCGGCGAGUUUCCGCCCGACACUCUCACUCGCCUCGACCAGCUCCGAGUCCUGAGUCUCCACAACAACUCGCUCUCCGGCCCAAUCCCCGACAUCUCCCAUCUCCAGAACCUCAAGUCCCUCUUCUUGAACCGCAACGACUUCUCCGGCGCCUUGCCGCCUUCCAUUCUCUCCCUCCACCGCCUCUCCGUUCUCGAUCUUUCCUUCAACAACUUCUCCGGUCCCAUUCCGCUGAGGCUGUCCGCUCUGGACCGGCUCACCUCCCUCCAACUCCAGUCUAACCGGUUCAACGGCACCCUCCCCGCUUUGAACCAGUCUUUCCUUUUCGUCUUCAACGUUUCGGGGAACGACUUGACCGGGCCGGUCCCACCGACUCUGUCCCGGUUCGACGCGUCGGCGUUCCAGCUGAACCCGGGCCUCUGCGGCGAGAUUGUGAACAGGGCGUGCAGCUCACGUGCCCCCUUCUUCGAAUCUCGCAAUGCGAGUGCUACCUCUCCGGCAUCGGAGCCGUUAGUGGAGAGUGCGCAGUCGCAAGGAGUGGUUCUGUCGAAACCUUCCCCAAAAAAUCACAAGAAAACUGGUCUCAUUCUCGGGCUCGCGAUUGGGGUUGCGCUCCUCAUUGCCGGUCUCUUAUGCCUCUUUGCAGUGGCCAGAAACCGAACGAAGACUAUCACUCAUGAAGCCACGAAACCAUCCUCCAUCAAUGAAGGUAUUGAUCACAUUCACACGAAUCCAAAUCCGAACGCUUUUAGAAACGAAACCCAAGUGACAGAACAGAGGGGGAUGCAGUAUCCCGGUAAGGUGAAAACAGUUGAUGAAUUUGAACAAGCUCAACCGAGAAUUCCGAGAAGUGGGAACUUGGUGUUUUGUUAUGGGGAGGCCCAGCUGUACAGUUUGGAGCAGCUGAUGAGAGCCUCGGCGGAGUUGCUUGGGAGGGGUACGAUUGGAACUACGUACAAGGCGGUGCUGGAUAACCAGCUGAUUGUGACGGUGAAGAGAUUGGAUGCGGGUAAGACUGCGAUUACGAGCAGAGAAGCGUUUGAUGAACAUAUGGAUGCGGUGGGUGGAUUGAGGCAUCCGUAUUUGGUUCCGGUGAGAGCUUAUUUUCAGGCCAAGGGAGAGCGGCUGGUGAUCUAUGAUUACCAACCCAAUGGCAGUCUCUUCAAUCUCAUUCACGGUUCUAAAUCAACUAGAGCAAAGCCUCUUCAUUGGACAUCAUGCUUGAAGAUAGCGGAAGAUGUGGCUCAAGGCCUUGCUUACAUUCACCAAUCAUCAACCUUAAUCCAUGGCAAUCUCAAGUCCUCCAAUGUUCUUCUUGGAGGCGACUUCGAGGCCUGUCUCACGGACUACAGCCUUUCCUUCUUUGCAGACACUUCUGCAAAUGAAGAUCCUGACUCUGCAGGCUAUAAGGCCCCUGAGAUACGCAAGUCCAGCCGUCGAGCCACUUCUAAAUCCGAUGUCUAUGCCUUUGGCAUCCUCUUGCUUGAACUUUUGACCGGUAAACAUCCGUCCCAACAUCCGCUUCUGGUGCCCACGGACGUGCCCGAUUGGGUCAGAGCAAUGAGGGAUGAUGAUGUUGGGGACGAUAAUCAACUUGGAAUGCUUGCUGAGGUUGCUUGUAUAUGUAGUUUGACAUCUCCGGAACAGAGGCCGGCAAUGUGGCAAGUGCUGAAGAUGAUACAGGAGAUUAAAGAGAGUGUGAUGACAGAGGAUAAUGCAGGUGUUGGAUUUUCAAAGCAGUAGAGUCUGAAUUUUACAAAUAUUGGAUUCAAAGAAGGAAAUGAAGGCAGGAGCUAGUGUCAAUACCUGUAUCUCUCAGAGGGUUUCCUGAGAAAAAGUUGUAAUGGUAAAUUUAUGGGGCUAAGGUUGAACGACUCAUUUAUAGGCGAAGCUUGAAGGCAUUUUUGUAAUUGCAGGCACACGACCAGCCAAUGUAAUCUGUUAAAUGGCAGAUGUAUAAUGAUUUUAUAAAUGCUUAUGAUUCGCGGCUUUGGUAUUUACAGCAGUUCACACCAUACGAACUGUACAAUGUUGGGGGAGUUAAUGGGGCUUUUGGUGCAAGGUAGUGUCUGAAAAUGCCAAUAAAGACGUAAGGGCUUUGGUAGGAAUAUGCUGGUGGUUGGUGAUUUUGGUAAUGUUAGUGCCAGCACAGACGGGAGUGCGGGUUGUUGUUGUGGGGGGAACCUAUGCAAUGUAAGGCCAAUUGCUCACUCUGGAGUGGGCAAUUUUUGUCUAGCCGUUGAUACAAUGUGGGCCCUAUAGUUUCGGAGUCACCCAAUUUUCUGCUGCAGCUUGAAUAAUGAGUUUUCUGUUGUCUUUUAUACAAGCGACAAUGUCCUAAGCGACUAGGAAAGAGGAAUCAAACUCGAGUGUUAAAGAGUGGGUAUAUUGUCCUGACCAAACUCGAGUGCAAGGAGUGGGUACAUUGUCUUGACCAAGUGACAUAAUCCAGGUCUGCAUGAGUUUGUUGUUUGCUAAGGUGGAAAACCCAUCCCUAUUGAAUGAAAGGUAGCUGGGAUGAAGUGAUACGAUGACAGA